AUGAACAAGACGAUACACGGGGAGGGACUCUUCCCAAACAGCUCUGCUUCCUCGAGUCCGUCAACUAACGAGUACGUCAAGGCGGAGUACGGAAAAGGCUUUAUCGAAGACCGUGUCCGGCAAUCAGUCACAGCCAUGAACGACCGCGACUUCUCACCCUCCCACCCAGCCUGGGCAGCCUACAACGUCGUCUUUAGCUGCGGGUCGAUAUCGCGAUACAAGCAGACCCCUUCGGAAUACCACCUUCAACAAACCCGCGACAUCUCCCGCGCCGGCAUGCUGGAAGUCAUCCAACAAUUCACAGAAUCGAACCCCAGGUGUCGCACUCGCCUCGUGGACGUGUUGACGUGUGUGGACGAGAAGAACCUCUUCGCCGAGUGCUAUGUGACAUUGGAAGAGUCGAACUUACCGCGGGGCACGGGCACGGUCAAGCAGAAUGUGUCGAAGACGGUGUGGAGGUGGUUGGAGGGUGAGUGGCGGUGUGUUGAUUAUCGGAAUAUUGAGGGGUUGGAUGGGCUUGCUGGGUUGGAUGUGUGA